AAGCGGAGAGGAUGAAAUUCCCGCCCAGGAUACAAACCUACCUGUCCUGGCUACUCUUUCACUGCUCCGGGACACCUGAGCGAUGUAACCCAGAGAAAGAGAAGCUGCCGCUUUGCGUGGGAAAGGGUGCCCGACCCACGCGGGGCUCUUAGGUGGCCACCGUCCCCUGAAAGUGGCUGCGUUGGGUUCUUUCGGUUUAAUUGUUUAAGAAAAGAAGCCGGUGUCCAGCUGCAACAUUUUCUGCUUCAAAUCGUACCCUCUUUUCAAAAGAGGAAGCCGAAGGGUGCCCCUUUCGGCUCCUCAAGCCAUGCCGCCCCAGGAGCUCUUGGAUUACUCGCCCACCUUGCGAAGGAGCAGCUGCCCCAGCCGAGGCAGCGGCUCGGAGCUGGGCAUUAAGUGUGUCCUCAUCGGGGACGGAGCCGUGGGCAAAACCAGCCUGAUUGUCAGCUACACAACAAAUGGAUACCCAGACCAGUACCAACCGACUGCACUGGACACCUUCUCAGUUCAAGUCUUGGUUGAUGGUGCACCCGUUCGUAUCCAGUUGUGGGACACUGCAGGACAGGAAGACUUUGAUUGCCUCCGCUCUCUCUGUUACUCUGACACAGAUGUCUUCCUGGUCUGCUUCAGUGUUGUAAAUCCCACCUCCUUCCAAAACAUUACGGAAAAAUGGAUUCCAGAAAUAAGAACUCACAAUCCCCAAACACCAGUGGUGCUAGUAGGGACACAAGCUGACCUGAGAGAUGAUGUUAAAGUCCUAAUCAGCCUGAACCGCUACCAUGUAAAACCUGUGCCGAGAACGCAAGCAGAAGGGCUGGCUGAAAAAAUCCGGGCUCAGACUUACGUAGAGUGCUCUGCUUUGACUCAAAAGAAUCUGAAGGAGGUUUUUGACACAGCCAUUGUUAGUGCAGUUGAAUACAAAGCCCACCAGGAAAAGAAGAUGACAGCCAAAGGAAUCAAAACUCUCUCUAAAUGCCGAUGGAAGAAAUUCUUCUGCUUUGUCUGAAACUGACUCCAAUAAGAGACAUUUGUAAGCCAAAGUAGCCUGGAGCAUAAUCUCUUGUUGGAUUAUGGUGAAACUUGCCUGGGAGACAAGGAAUAGAAGUGUAGCAUCAAAUGGUCCACGCUACCUUCAAACAUCUACGAUGGGAUGGUCUGAUGCUGAUGUACUGAGUCCAGCAGCCAAGUUAAUUUAUAUAUAUAUAUAUAUUCCAGGCAAGAUGACCAGUUUUUACAGCUUUUGAAGGCUUGACGGCAUAUUAAUUGAAGAAAUUAAUUAAAUCUGGGAGUAGCAAUCCCAACUUGCUUACAGGGCACGAGAGCAGGGAAGGUUGAAUGAAACUUGAUUUAACGCUUCAGUUAAAUAAAUUUGAGAGUUAUAUCUCAUUUUCAAGUUAUAAUAAUGAAUAGAGGGGUUUCUUGAUGCAGAACUAAAACUUCCACUUCAGCCCUCUUAAAAGUAAAAGAA